AUGUCCCGACGACAGUCUCGUAGUGGCCCCACGGCAGCCGACUGGCCAGCCGAGAGCCUAGCGGACAGCUCGUCCUACGGGGAUCGUCGCACGUCAAUCCGAGGAGAGGGGGUAAAUACAGGGGUGCGUGUAAUGGACGAUGGACGCCUCGACAUCAGAUUCCGAGGCGAGAAAACAACUCUAGCAAAUCUGCUGCAACGGGUACAUAAACGCAUGAGACCAACACCAGAAACGGUCCGCAAAGCUUCCCUUCCGCAACCACCAGUCAAAGAACCCGAACAUUUCCCCUUGCGUCUCAACAUCGUCAUCCAGGUCGUGGGCUCGCGAGGCGACGUCCAACCCUUCCUCGCAAUCGGAGUUGCGUUGAAAGAACGCGGUCAUCGCGUCCGGCUCGCAACACACCUCGCCUUUCGAGACUUCGUUCAAGAUCAUGGUCUGGAGUUCUUUAACAUUGGCGGCGAUCCCGCCGAGCUAAUGGCGUUCAUGGUAAAAAACCCCGGUCUAAUGCCGGGGGUGCAAACUGUACGCAGCGGCGCGCUCCGGCGCCGUCGACGGGAAAUGGCAACGAUAUUCGCGGGAUGCUGGCGAUCAUGUUUUGAAACAGGCGACGGAACCGGGUUACACCAUGUACCGGAGAAUCCGUGGAGCGAGGAAAUAGACUACCGCCAAAAACCGUUCGUGGCGGACGCGAUCAUUGCGAAUCCACCCAGUUUUGCACAUUUGAGCUGCGCGGAGAAACUGGGGGUGCCCCUGGUUAUGAUGUUCACAAUGCCCUGGACACCAACGCAGGCCUUCCCUCAUCCUCUAGCGAAUAUCAGGUCGACGAACACGAAGCCGUCCGUAGCGAAUUUUGCCUCCUAUGCCAUUGUUGAGAUGAUGAUGUGGGAGGGGUUGGGAGAUCUGAUUAACAAGUUUCGCAAGCGAGAUCUGGGUUUGGAUUCAUUGGAUGCCAUCCGUGCACCGGGAAUCACCCAGAAGCUACAUAUCCCGUUCUCGUAUCUUUGGUCUCCUGCUCUCCUCCCCAAACCUGCUGACUGGCUCGAUAAUAUCGACGUCUGUGGCUUUAGCAUGCUCCCGCGCCCGCCCAAUUAUUCUCCCGAAGAGGAACUGGUAAAGUUCCUCGACAGAGGUCCUCCGCCCAUCUACGUCGGAUUUGGAUCGAUCGUGGUGGAUAACCCAACAAAGCUUACCAAGAUCAUCUUUGACGCUAUCGUUCAGACCGGCCAGCGAGCACUGGUCAACAAGGGCUGGGGCAACAUCGGCGCAGGAGAAGCGGAAAUUCCCGAGAAUGUGUUCAUGGUCGGCAGCUGUCCGCAUGACUGGUUAUUUCAGCACGUCUCGUGCGUCGUGCAUCACGGCGGAGCAGGGACCACAGCAUCCGGCCUUGCGCUUGGACGGCCCACUAUCAUUGUUCCGUUCUUUGGUGAUCAGCCCUUCUGGGGGUCUAUCGUCUAUCGGGCGGGUGCGGGGCCAGCACCGAUCCCGCAUAAGCAGCUUACCGCAGAGAAGUUGGCGGACGCCAUCAAGAAGGCUCUGGAACCGGGAAUUCAGAAGAAGGCAAGCGAGGUCGGCCAGAAGAUGCGGCAGGAGAACGGGGUCAAAUGUGCGGUGGCCAGUUUUCACCGACAUCUGGACCUGAACGCCCUUCGAUGUUCCAUCUGCCCGAAUCGACCGGCGGUAUGGUGGGUUCGGCAUUCGCAUAUCAAGCUCAGUACCUUUGCGGCAACGGUUCUGGUCGAGGCAGGAAUGAUCAAGCCGCAAAAUGUUGUGCUAUAUCGGUCCAAGGAAUAUGAUACGAAUCGUGACCCACGUGGUCCUAUCUCGGCUGGAGCGGAGGUGUUGUACGGUGUGCUCUCUGACUUCGUCAGCGGAUUUACCAAUGCACCUUUUGAAGUUGCCGAGGCAAUUUCCCGGCAUCACCAUCACCACAAGAAGCACGGCUAUCGCCACGAUCAUGAAGAGGGGUUGAAUGUCAAUUGCGAUUGCGCAAGUCGUCGGACACGAACGAAACAGUCCCCUCAAGAGAUUCCUCCCGAAGACCGAGUGCGGUCGCAGCUAGGUUCCGUAGUGAAUAUUGACCCGUCACAGUCCGAAUUCCAUCUUUCAGCGUCAACCGGGAAUUUAGAAGAUGAUUUGGCUGAUGACUCGGCUGAUGAAAUGAAUUGGGCCAUGCACGAUCAUAUCAGUGAGGGUAUGGGUGAAGAGAUGGACGAAGUGAGUGAGGGAAGUGAGAGUGAAAGCUACGCGUCUGCAGCGGACCAUCUGUCAAGCGACGAGUCUGCCAGCAAUGCCACGUCAGCUAUCCGGUCUGACAGCGACGACUACGGCGAAGAUCUCGAGAAGACCGUCACUCACCAUCGGGGUCGAGAGACCCAUGGGGUACGGGUGCUCCUGGACGAAACCAGCUAUCAUGGGGAGCGUAUGGGAAAACAUCUUUUGGACUUGAUUCUCCUGAUCCCUACCGACUUGACCUUGAGUUUCUCCAAGGGGUUCCAUAAUGCGCCGCGGAUCUACCACGACCGGACUGUCAAGCCAAUUCCAACGGUGAUGGGAGUAAGGAGUGGGCUCAGAGCGGCUGGAUUGGAAUUCACGCAAGAAUUCUACCAGGCUGUUACCGGCCUCGUCACACAGCCCGCGCAAGGUUUUAAGAAAUCCGGAGGAGUUGGACUCAUUAAAGGUGUUGGCAAGGGUCUCUGGGGUUUGGCUGGCUAUCCCCUCGACGGAGUACACAAGAGUUUGCGGAACUCGCUGUCGAAGAGCAAAACCAAGGAUAUCCUGAAUUCACGAAUACAGCAGGGGAUCGACGAAAUGUGCGCCUCUUCGCCGGACGAACGAGUGAUGGUAAUUCGACGCUGGCGCGAGUUGCAGGAGAUAGAGGGGGAGCAGAGAAAUGGACAUGCAGCUGGGAGUACAAAUGGACAUGCGGGAUGA